AUGCCGUGGCCCUUUUCGACUCCUUACCCGCAACGCACCGGCGCCGAGGUCCACGGCCAGACGUUUGAUUAUGUCAUCGUCGGCGCCGGAACCGCCGGCUGCGUCCUCGCCUCGCGGCUGAGCGAGCCGGAUCCCGUGACGGGCCAGCGGGCAAGCGUCCUGGUGCUGGAGAAAGGUCUGGCGAGCGACUCGAUCCUGACUCGGAUGCCGCUCAUGUCGCAAAAUAUGUUUAUGGACUUUAUGCAGGCCGUCCGCGACUCCUUUGCCGCCCCGCUGGACAUCGCCUACGGGAAGCGCCUCAGGCUGUGGGCCGCCCAGGGCGUCGGCGGCUCGUCGCGCGUCAACGCCAUGCUGCACACCAGAGGCACCCCCGGUGCUUAUAUAGAAUGGGCCGACAGUAUGGGCCUGACCGAUUGGAGCUGGCACAAGGUCGAGCCGUACUUUAUCAAGAUGGAGACCGCCAUUGAGCGUCCCAAUGAUCCGUCAAGAGGGCACAGUGGUCCAAUCCCGCUUCGUCAGAUGGAGCAUAAUUUCCGUUUCUAUCCCUAUCUCGAAAAAGUCUUCAACGAACUGGGUCUUCCCACAACACAUGACCCAAACUCACCCAAGGCACCGGCACAAGCCUACAAACACCUCGAGGUGGCCAUCGACCCCAAGAGCAGACGAACCACGGCCUUCCGGGGCUACCUGAACAAGUCCAUCGCGCUGGAGCGCCAGGAUAACCUGACCAUCUGCACGGGAGUGAGUGCGUCCAGGCUGGACCUUGACGCGGAAGCAGGACAGGUCAAGGGUGUUUACUUCCGCCCGGCCGGCAAGGCAAAGUCCAGCAGCGCUCAAGACCAGCAGCAUAACAAGGCGACGGCGGCGGAGUUCUACGUCACGGCUCGUCGAGAAGUCAUCGUCUGCAACGGAACCAUCAAGACGCCGCAGCUCCUGCUGCUGAGCGGCAUCGGACCAAAGUCCCACCUGGAAAAGGUCGGCAUCCCCGUGGCCAGGGACCUCCCCGCGGUCGGCCAGAACCUAGCGGACCACAUCUGCUUCCCCGUGCAGGCCAAGGUCGCCAUGACCGAGUCCCUGCGCCAGGCCGAGCACUGGUUCUGGGCGCUGUGGGGCCUCGUGAUGUACUUCCUCUUCAACCGCGGGAUAUUCUCGAGCUCCAGCACCAACUACGCCGCCUUCCUCCGCACCGCCACGGUCGACCGGGAGACGAUGAAGGUCCAGACCAGCCCGGAGAACAUGGACGCCACGGACGCGGCCAACACGCCGGACGUAGAGCUCAUGAUCAACGCCAUCAACAGCAUCGAGAACCCGAUGCCGGGCUACCCGCCCAUGCUGGCGAUGCACACGGCGCUCCUCCAACCGCACUCGCAGGGCUCGCUGGAGCUGGCCUCGGCCGACCCGGACGCGCACCCCAACAUCACGUACCCGUUCCUCGACGACGCGCGCGACGUGGCGACGGCGCGGACCGCGAUCCGCUUCUCCAUGCGCGUGCUGCACGGGCUCGCCACGAGCGGCUACCCGCUGCCCUGCGCCUUGGUGAUCGCCCCGGGCGUCAACACGGAGCUGAUCCAGCCGGCGCCGGGCCACACGCUGGCGCCGGACGGCAGCGGCCGGCUGCUGUUCAACGCCGAGUUCCGCGAGCCCGUGCCGCAGUUCGUGCGCGACUGCGACCGCGAGCACGGCCACGUCGAGCUGCGCGACGCCCGCGACGGCUGGCGCUCCGUGACCGACGCCGAGGUCGACGAGUUCGCCCGCCUCAUCGGCACCUCGGGCGCCCACCUCACCUCCACCUGCCGCAUGGACAACGAUCCGCGCCGCGGCGUCGUGGACCAGCAGCUGCGCGUCCACGGCUUUGCCAACCUGCGCGUCGCCGACGCCAGCGUCUUCCCCAAGAUCCCCGCCUGUCAUACCAUGGCCCCCGUGCUGAUGGUCGGCGAACGGUGUGCUGAUCUAGUCAAGGAUGCUUGGAGGGAUAGGAAGGAGAAGUGA